AUGCAAAUUUCAGCCAUCAGGCCGCGCCGACGUUAUAUAGUGCUUCUUCUGUCUGUGUUUCUAUGUGUACUGUUGUACUCCGCAGCUACUCGCACGCCCAGAGUGGACGAGAAUGCUAGAAUACGGGAGAUUCUCAAUGACGCCAACCCAGCAUCAGAAUUGGAUCCUGACACGAUUUUACAGCGGCUUCAGAACGGACCGCCUUCGGUAAGCGCGUCUCCCUCUUCAGCGACCUCGGCUCCCUCCACAGAAGAACAGGUCAAGAACAAGCCCAAAAAUAAAAAGCCCAAAGUUACCCUUGAAGAAUUUGAAGAAAGCCGGGCGCAGGUCAUAAAAGCCAUUUUCAAACUCAUCGCCUCUGUGCGGCCGUCAAUCUCCUACACGGACAGGCGGUCCAACAGGGGCGACGACUCUCCACUAUCCCACAGUGUGCUCACCGAAGAUCUGUUAUCCCAGUUUUUGCAAUUUUCUCCAGAAUUUGUUGACGCGUUCAAAUCUAGCCAUGCAGAUGCAGUCGAGAAGAUAUACGGCAUCAAAUUCCCACAAGGACUGUACAAGGGAAACGGUGUGGUGAUGAUCGGCGGCGAAGACUAUUCCUGGCUCACGUUGGUGUCCAUCAAAGUCAUGAGAGACUCUGGUGGAGAUCUGCCCGUCGAGGUGAUCAUGCCUCGUCGUCUCGAGUCGGACUCUCUGUUUUGCAAUAAAUACCUGCCCGAUCUGAAUGCCAAGUGCGUGUAUUUGACUGACUUGCUUGGCGAAAACUAUGAGUCCGAAAUUAAUAUCAACAAGUACCAGUACAAGGGAGUUGCAUUACUGGCGUCCUCGUUCGAAAACCUUUUGCUUCUGGACAGCGACAACUUGCCAGUUGCCCCGGUCACCGAUCAGCUGUUCAACAGCACACCUUUCUCUGAGUACGGGAUAGUAUUUUGGCCCGAUUUCUGGAAAAGGACCACCAGUCCCAUUUUCUACGAGAUAGCAGCGACGGAGGUUUUGCCGGUCCGUGUCAGAGACUGCCAAGUGGAAUAUCCUGAGUCACAAUAUUCGAUUUUGCGUCCCAAGGACGCCCGCACUCAAAUUCCCUACCACGACAGGUUGGGUGCCAUUCCUGACAAGAGUACCGAAUCGGGCCAGCUGCUUAUAUCGAAACGAGAACAUGCCGACGUGGUGCUGCUCUCACUGUACUAUAACGCAUGUGGACCAGAUGGGUACUACGCGCUUCUUUCGCAGGGAGUGGCAGGUGAAGGAGACAAAGACACGUUUCCGGCAGCUGCUACCGUUCUGGAGAAAAAUUUCUACCAACUCAAGAAAAGCGUCGGUGUCAACGGAUUCAUGCGCAAUGGAGAGUACCGUGGUGUUGGGAUGCUUCAAUAUGACCCUAUAAAAGACUACGAGAACUUCCAGGAGUUUGUGAGACUCCACGAAAGCUCGGACGAGAUGUUUGAAGCCCAGAACAUGGACAAUUUCCUGGGCCCUGAUGAGAAAAACAGAGUGAUGUUUGCACAUUGCAACUUCCCAAAACUGUAUCCUGAUGAACUGUUGCAAGACUUCGUCAUCAGAGAUCACGAACAUAUCAAGAUGUUGGAAUCGGGGCAAAUUCCUGGCAACUACGAGUACCACUUCUGGCAGAUCAUGUACGAUCUGAUAUGUGUGGAUCGGGUAGACCUGGCAUAUACUCGCACCAAGGAGCAGAUGAGCACUCCAGAAGAGCGCACCAAGUUCUGUGACGGUGCUUUCAAAGAGCACGUUGAGUGGCUCAAAACGCGAUGA